AUGUUUAUUUGUUUUUUGAUAUUUUUAAAACUAGGUUUAUGUGUUAAUUAUUUGGUGUCGUUAAAACCCAAAGAGACUUACGAUAACUUUAUUGCAUAUGAUGCUACUUAUCCAAUUGAAUCACAAGUUAAAGAUUUAAUAGAUUCAAAAUUUCAAAUUGGUUCAUUUACGGGGUUUUCUGGAAACUUUACUGAAAAACAUUUGGAAAGAUUUAAAAGAUGUCCAUUAAUUGAUGAAAUAUCACCAGAUAUUAAAUUAGAAUCUUAUGACGUUAAGUACCAACAAAAUGCUCCACGACAUUUAGCUAGAUUAUCAAGAAGUAAAAGAAUGAAGCCAAGGAAAGAAUAUCCAUAUGUUUACGAUGAUCACUUUACAGGUAAACGAGUUAACGCAUAUGUUAUUGAUUCUGGAAUUGAAAUUGGACAUCCUGAAUUACAAGGUAGAGCUAGAUUGGGUAAAGAUUUUACAAAUACUGGUAUUGGAGAUUUAAAUGGUCAUGGAACACAUGUUGCUGGUUUAAUUGGAUCAAAUACCUAUGGAGUUGCUAAAAAUGUAAACAUUAUAGAUAUCAAAGCAUUAAAUGAGAGAGGUGUUGGAAAUUUAAGUACAGUAAUUAAAGCAUUGGAAUUUGUUGUGAAUCAUAGAAUUAAUACGGAGAAACCAGGUGUUGUCAAUUUGUCAUUAGGUGCUUACAGAAACAACAUUUUAAAUAAUGCAAUAGAACAAGCGGCAAAAACGGAAUUAGUUUUCGUUGUUGCUGCUGGAAAUUCAAAUUUAAAUGCAUGUUUGACUAGUCCUUCUUCUUCACCAUAUGCAAUUACAGUCGGAGCUAUAGAUGAUUAUAAUGAUUCAAUUACAAGUUUUUCAAAUUGGGGUGAAUGUGUUGAUUUAUUUGCAAGUGGAGCAUUUGUUAAAAGUAUCGAUAAAAAUUCAUUUGAAAAAGUUCAUACUUUAUCUGGAACAUCAAUGGCAGCUCCUAUAGUUAGUGGUUUAGUUGCAAAUUUAUUAAGUGAAGGUAUUGAUCCUCAUUUUAUUAGACUGGAGCUAAUUAAAUUAUCUACAAAGAAUAAAAUUAAAAAAACUUCUAUGUUAUUAAGAAGAGGAACUCCUAACAGAAUAGCAUUUAACGGAGUAGAGCACAAAUUAGUUGAUGAAGGUGAAGAUUCAGAUAAUACUAAUUGGUGA